GCUUGCAGUUUACCAUUUUCCAGUGUGUUAAUGCAGGAGGUCACAAAGCAACAGUUUCAAGCUGGUUUCCUGAGCAGUGAUAAUGAGUGUCCAUGCCGUGAGGAACAGAGGCUGUUUUGAGCAGUAAUAAAGUAUAUUCUAAGCGACUGAGAGAACCAUUCACACAUUUUGAGAAUGUCUAACCCAGUGACCAGCCGAUCCCGGGUUUACCCAGACAUCAACACACAGAGACCUCGGGAGUACUGGGACUACGAGUCGCAUGUUGUGGAGUGGGGGAACCAAGACGACUACCAGCUUGUUCGCAAAUUGGGGCGUGGCAAAUACAGUGAAGUUUUCGAAGCUGUGAACAUCACAAACAACGAGAAAGUCGUCGUUAAAAUACUCAAACCAGUAAAGAAGAAGAAAAUAAAACGAGAAAUAAAGAUAUUGGAGAAUCUCCGAGGCGGCCCGAACAUCAUCACGCUUUUAGACAUCGUUAAGGAUCCAGUGUCUCGAACACCCGCUCUGGUUUUUGAACAUGUUAACAACACAGACUUUAAGCAAUUGUAUCAGACGCUCUCAGACUAUGACAUCCGGUUCUACAUGUAUGAGAUCUUAAGGGCCUUGGACUACUGCCACAGUAUGGGAAUCAUGCACAGAGAUGUCAAGCCCCACAAUGUUAUGAUUGAUCACGAGCACAGAAAGCUCCGUCUAAUAGAUUGGGGCCUGGCCGAGUUUUACCACCCAAGUCAGGAGUACAAUGUCAGAGUGGCUUCCCGAUACUUUAAAGGACCAGAACUGCUCAUUGACUACCAGAUGUAUGACUACAGUUUAGACAUGUGGAGUUUAGGCUGCAUGUUGGCCAGUAUGAUUUUCAGGAAAGAACCAUUUUUUCAUGGACAUGAUAACUAUGAUCAGCUUGUAAGAAUUGCCAAAGUUCUGGGCACAGAAGACCUAUAUGACUAUAUCGACAAAUAUAACAUAGAACUUGAUCCACGGUUUAAUGACAUCUUAGGCAGACAUUCUAGGAAGAGGUGGGAGAGGUUUGUGCACAGUGAGAACCAGCACCUGGUCAGUACUGAAGCACUGGACUUUCUGGACAAGCUCCUGCGCUACGACCAUCAAGCUCGCCUCACAGCCCGGGAAGCCAUGGAGCAUCCAUAUUUCUAUCCCAUUGUCAAAGAUCAUGCAAGGAUGGUCUCUACUUCAGGACUUUCCACCGGCUCCACUCCUGUCAGCACUUCCAGCAUGAUGACUGGAGGCAUCACAUCCAUGUCGCCGUCACAGCCCAUGACCAACAUGGCUGCUUCUCCUGUUAUACCCUCGCCCAACAUUCUGGCCACGCAAGUCUCUACUGCUGCUGGGCCACAACCCUGAUGAGGAUCUACCUGUUCAACUCUUUAUCCAUCCAUUGUUACUUUUAAUACAACAAACCCGAGCAGAGACAGAAUAGUUUAUUUGGUUUUUUUUCCCCCCCUCCGUUUGUUUUUAUAUAUAUAUAUAUAUAUAUAUAUAUAUAUAUAUAUAUAUAUAUAUAUAUAUAUAUAUAUAUAACAGUGACAAUUCACAUCAACAAACAUGCAGAUUUGCACACAAACACGUGUAUUUAAAAACCUGAACACCUAAAAAAAAAAAAUAAAUCAGCGGACAGAUCCGACAUGUCACACACAAGUACAAGACGCAGGUUCUGGCCUGUGUUUGUCCACUUUUGAAUGACGUGACAAAUCUAGAUGUGGCUGUGUAAAGAGGGACUUAAUAAUCACCUCGGAUAAAAUACACAACAUGGUUAAAAAGGAGUUUUGCCGAAGUGCUUGCAGAAAGGCAGAAUAAUCAAUGAAGAAUGAUGCGAAUUUGAAAUGUCCACCUGUUUCACCAGUGUCAAACCGCAAGUAUAUAAAAUCUAUCACAUAUACAAACACUACAGAAAAACAUCCACAGAAACAAAAGAAUAGUAAAAAAAAAGUGCAAAAGACCAAACUGGGGUACCAAGUGGAUCCAGUUGAGGUGAUUAAUAUGAAAGGAGGCCUGAGAUUAGAGUUAUUAAUACAGAGUGCGAUGUGUGAUUUGAAGUUUUUAUAUAUAUAUAUAUAUAUAUAUAUAUAUAUAUAUAUAUAUAUAUAUAUAUAUAUAUAUAUAUAUAUAAAUAUAUAUAUAUAUAAAUAAAUAAAAACAUUUACCAGGAAGUGUCUGCCUGAAAAUGUAGCUGCUGUAUUUUAUGAUGGUAUCUAGAAAAAGCAUCUACACUGUAGAAAUGAAUAAUAAAAUAAAUUUUAUAUGUC